UCAACCCGCCUUUUCCACUUGACAAGUGCUUUACAUAAGGCCAAGAGAUGGACUCAGAUGAGGGUCUUGUUUUUAGUUUUUUCUAAUAUUGAGACUACUGUAUUUUGGAUGCAAACUUGAGAUCUGAAGAAUGAGUCACCAAACUUUUUGCUUCAUCCUGCCCAGGACUUUUAUGAAUGUGCUGCCCACAGGAAAAUGACGCCUUGAAUCUGAUAAAAGAGGGUUUUCUGCUCUCAACUUAAUUUUGAUGUGCCGGAGAAAGAACUGCAGCUGCCAAGAAGCUAACAGUGGGGGAGUGUUGAAAGACUUCAUGAUAUGAGGACACAAAGUACUGUGCACUUGGUCCUGCUGGAGGCAUGUCUACUGCUCCUGUUCUGUACUCAAGGCUUUACUGCUCUACUAUCAAGGGAUCUAUGUAAUUCUUGCCACCAGAAUGCCACAUGUAUAGAAAAAGAUAACAAAUAUUCCUGUAUGUGUAACUUUGGAUUGAUUGGAAAUGGAAGGACACAUUGUUUGGAUAAAGAUGAAUGUCAGAUGGGAGCACACAAGAUAUGUGGCGAACACACAGCCUGCCAUAACACACAUGGAAGCUACUACUGCAUCUGCCUAAAAGGGUACCUACCAUCCAAUAACCAUGAAAACUUUAUACCUAAUGAUGGCACUUUUUGUGUAGAUCUUGAUGAGUGCGAAGAUCCUGAUAUAUGUGGGGUUAAUGCGAAAUGUAAAAAUAUUCCUGGAAGUUAUGAAUGCUACUGUAAGGAAGGAUUCGGUUUACAAAACGGUUCUGGCCCAUUUCAGGCAAAUGGUGCUCAGUCUUUGUGCAAAGAGGUUGAUUGUGGACCACCUCCUUCACGUCUUAAUUCUGCCAUGAUACUGUCAACCAAAACCACAUUUGGGAGCCAAGUGACUUACACAUGUACUUCUGGAUUCGGUCCUGAUCAUGGAGUCAGUACCUCUGUCUGUACAGCCAGUGGGAUAUGGAAAGGUGCCACUGUGAGCUGCACAGAUAUUGAUGAGUGUGAAGUAUCUGAAACCUGCGGUAUUAACAGUGUUUGUAAGAAUCUUCCUGGUAGUUUUAAAUGCUCCUGUAAAGAAGGCUACAAGUUGCAAAACAGCAAAAACACUUCACAAAGCAGUCUCAAUUUUACUUGCCAAGCUGUUGACUGUGACCAGCCUCCAGUUCUUCCUGACACUGAAAUGGUUCUAUCAGGAGCCACAACAUUCUCUAACCAAGUGACUUACACAUGUAUUUCUGGUUUCUUUGGAUAUGGCCACAACACAUCUGUCUGCAAUGCUAACGGAACGUGGGAAGGCGCGACUCUGGUCUGCACAGCUAUAGACUGUGGACCACCAGUGGCCAUGCUGAACACCGAAAUCCACAGGUUUAACAGCACCACAUUUGGGAGCAGUGUGACAUACAUAUGUGCAAAAGGAUUUAUUUCAGUGGGUGGUUACAAUUCGUCUGUAUGCACUGAUGCAGGACACUGGGAAGGAGCUAAUCUUGACUGUAGAGGUAAGGCUGCUGCUGAUUGUGGGCCUCCGCCAUCCUUUAAUUACACAAAAAAAAAUGAAAUAUUAAAUACUACCUAUGGGAGCACUGUACAGUUUCAAUGUUUGCAUGGCUUCGUUAUGGACAGCAAAAAUAAAACUGCCACCUGUAAUGCAAAUGGAGAAUGGGUAGGCGAUAGCAUUGUAUGCAGAGAAAUAGACUGUGGUCAACCGCCAUUACUUUCAAAUGUAAUUAUGAAAUGGAAUGGAGCUACAAAUCUUGGAAGUGAGGUUCGAUAUACAUGUCAGAAAGGCUUUUAUAAUCCUGAAAUUUGGCAUGUGUCAAGAUGUACUUUAAAUGAAACAUGGGAAAACAUAACUUUUUCAUGUACAGAGGUUGACUGUGGAAUGCCUUUUUUGAUUGAACAUGCUGAUUGGACGUGGACUAAUCGGACCACCCUGGGGAGCUAUGUCUAUUAUCACUGUAAGCCUGGAUUUAAUCACAAUGGCAGAAAGAACUUUUCUGUAUGCCUUGAGAAUGGUACUUGGGAAGGACUGAAUAUGACCUGCUCAGUAAAAGAAGAUCUAAUUAGUAGCUUGAGCAUUUUUAAUGAAACCUGUCUGCAAUGGCAUGAGAGUACUGAUAUAUCUGGUUGGGAGAUUUUGUAUAAGUUCAGUAUAUAUGGAAUUAGAUGGAACGAUAAAGACUUUGUUGACAAGAAGAGUUUGAACUACACUACAGACAAUGACAAUCCAGUUGUAUGCUUGGAUCUUCUUCCUGAUACUAACUACACAGUGUCUAUGGUGGCAGUCACUCCCACUCUUCCAGCCAUACAGCUCAACAUUACGGUGGAAACAACUACAGUGAAACAAACAUUUGGUGACAUUUUGGUACUGAAUAACACAUGCUUGACAUGGACAAGGAGUUCCUCAGCAAGAUCACCUGAAGUGUAUACAGUAAGUAGAGGAUAUGUGUUUAUCCAAGGAAGGACUUGGUCUUCAGUUUUACUCGACAGUAUAAUGUUUAACUUCAGCACAGACAAAGUUGCUCCAGUGCUCUGUUUGGAUUUGUCUCUUGCAGCAGAAUACUUUGUUAAUAUUACAGAGCCAUCCACAGAACUGUCUGCAUCUACUUAUAUAAACGUAACAAGUGAUGAAGUUGAAAAUUCGUCAAAAGAACACAAAUUUAAUGAAACUUGUCUGUGGUGGAAUCGAAGUUUAGAUGGAUUACAAAAGAUAUACAAACUGUAUGCUAAAGGGGAGAGGUGGUCUCCAAAAGAAUUAUUUCAAGAUCUGAUGUACAAGAUUAAUACAGACCAUAAUAUAAGUGCAAUAUGUGUAGACAUUCCCAUGGAUUCCCAGUAUAUCAAUGUGACUGGAGCCUUUUCCAACCUUGUUAGUGGAGAACCAAUUCAAAACCUAACUGUGUUCAAUGAAACAUGUCUGGUUUGGAGAAGACACUUCAGGUCAAAAGAGCUCUAUGUGUUUUUUAUCUACGGUUAUAGAACAGAUGAAAAGAGCAUCUCACACAAGCUGCUGUUUAAUCUCACAACGGAUGAGAAACGACCUGUUGUGUGUUUUGAACUGCAAAAAGGCAUUAACUACACAGUGGAUGUUGUGUCAGCAUUUUACCCUCAAUCUCCCGAGCAAAUCUCUAUCUUUACCCCAAGUUCAGAUGUCCUACUUCCUAAACUGAAAAUCGUGCCAGCUCACAGUCAGCUGCCAAAAAUUAAUUUUCAGAGAAGUGAUAGAAAUGGACCAAUUAGUUCCUACCAGGUGUUUGUGGUCCCAUUGGUCCGCCGGUGCUCCUUUACCUGUGAGUCUUUGCAGGCUGUCCCAUACUUUAAUAAUACAUCAAAGACACAUGGAUAUGUCACGGCUGAGUUUUUCCCUAAAGAUGAUCCCGACCAUCUGGAAUUCUCCAUUGGAGACAGACAAUAUUAUGGAGAAUUCUAUAAUGCUCCUCUAGAGAGAGGAAAAGAUUACUGCAUAAUAUUACGAACUAUAACAAAGAUGAAAACACAGUCAUGUACAGUUAUGGCACAAAUUGAAGAGCUCUCAAACAUUCGUCAUCACAUGGCUGUGGUUUUAUUAGGAUCCAUUGCUUUUGUGUGCUUCAUAGUAUUUAUCUCUUACUCACUGGCACGGAUUACGAGCCAUUCCAGAAUCAUCCUGAAAACCAGCAUUUAAAUGUGAAAAAGUUUGCCAACAGUCUUUAAUGCUUACCUUGGGAUGAAGCAGGCAACAAGAAUAUUGCUUUACCUAUAUCAGUAUUACUGAAUCAAUGAGUGUUUGCUCAUGAGAGUCAGAAAUCUCUAGUUGUGGCAGCCAAGUCAGGGUCUAAGAGAGCAGAGGACAUAUUUGGCUAUGGUGACAUGUAGUCAUGUGCCAUGCAAGCAUCUCUUUGAUUUUAACCCUGGUGUAAAGCCUCUGUCCCUUGUAUGAAAAGUGAUGCAGCUGUUCACUACAGAUUCUUCCCAUAAUGAAAAUAUACUGAUCCGGUGGCGUAUGUUCAUUCAGAUACAAGCUGCACUUUCACCAACAUGAAUUGUUGGUUAACUUUGUUGAACUUUUCAUGGAGUACGAUUCCUAGGUGAUCAUACAUUUCUUAGUUGUACAUUUGUAUUAAAGGGGUAUUCCAGGAUUUUGCUAUUGAU